GAGCUGGGUUUGAGAGGAAUUUCAUGGUUUUAGAGAGAGAGAAGAGAGAGAAGCUGAAGGAGGAGCUAGGACCAAGGAGGCACCCUCUUCAACCCCAAGUCUUCUAUUUCUACCAUGUAUCUUCUUCCCUCAUUUAUGGAGUAGUCUUCUAAGGUACUAGGGGUUCUAAACCCCAAAGCCUAGUUUUAGGGUUUACUAUGUAUAUAUGGAUAUUUUAGGGGUUGAAUGAAUGAAUGUGUUUGUCUAGUUGAUUUUAAUGUCACUCUUUCCUAAAUGAUGACACAUGGUUAAUUUACCCUAAUCUUCCCUCUUAGCCUACUUUAUGCUACCGCGUUGGGUAUGGAGUUCUAGGGUUAGAAGGGUAUGUGCAAACUAAUGAGUUUAGGUAAGAUGUGUGAAUGGGGGCCUAUAGUGGUCGAGGCGAACGAACAUCUGCUAUAGGUAGCCUUCUUAUAUUAAACCCGGGAUGAAACCUCGGUGUGGACGGUGGAUAGUGUCCAUUGAAAUGAGCCAUAAGCUCAAUUCCCCAGAUACGAUAGCCUAGAUCGAGGUAAUUGGAACAUGGGUUUAGGGGAGGCAUACUCGGAGGCGUUUGGAUAACCACGAAAGCCCACGGAAAAGAGCUCACUCACCACAUUCGAUGACACUAAGUAUCUAGAUAUGCAUAGUAACCCUAAGCUAGGGGGAUAAAUAGUUCCCUAAAGUACCUGCUUUUAGCUUUGAUCAAUCUCUAGACUAGUGUUUCCUUAUAUCCUCCACUCAAAACCCCAAAAAUCGAUUAACUAAUUAGCAAAUAGGAGGGAAGUAGGUUAGGGUACCGAGACCCGAGUAGAAUACGACCUUGAUUACCACUAUACACUACAAAAAAGUGUGUCAUUAGUGACAAAAAUUAGCGAUGACUGGUUAAUUUCGUCGCUAAAAAUCACUUUCAGGGACGAUAUUCCUCUUUCGUCAAUAAUGUUUCGUCAAUGACUUAUUUAUUUGUGACAAAGCGUUGGCGUUGUCGUUAAAGACCAUAAUCUUUGUCACUAACUGUUGGGAUAUGGAUUAAUAUGCCUAACACGACUAUAAACGGGCCCAAGCCCACCGCAAGGCGUCUUGGACCCAAGUCCACUUAAGGAAGCCCAACCCCUAUAUAAGGAGGCCUAACCCUCCAAACUAAAGAUCCUCCUCUCCCCUUCCUCACUUUUUCCUAAGGUCUCUCUCUACCUUUAUCUCUCUACAUACCAUAAACCGCUUCUUAUAUCGUACUAACUUGGGCGUCGGAGCGUAGAUCACGGGGGCCGCCCCCCGCCUCACAGGUUCUUCCACUCUCGAGGAGACCACAUAAAGGACUCCAGAUCAGAGCCCCAUAACCGCUUAGAACAUUCUAGGCUCAAACACUAACACUAUUUUUUGGAGGAAAAAAUUGGUGCCAUGGUUAUUUGCUACGAAUAAAAUUUGGUCGUAAGUAAUGUUAUGUCAAGACAUUGUGUUUUGUGACAAAGCUUAAACGUCGUCUGUAAAGCCUACUAUUAGUGACAAAAUUAGCGAGGGCAGAUCAAUUUCUUUGCUAAAAAUUGACUUAUAGGGACGAUAUUCCUCUUUCAUCUAUAAUGUUUCGUUGACGAUUUAUGCAUUUGUGGCAAAACAUAGAUAUUGUCGGUAAAGAUAGUUAUUAGUGACAAAAAUUUGCGAGGGCCGGUCAAUUUCAUAGCUACAAAUUACUGUUAUUAGUGGAGUUUGUAGUGAUUAUGCCUUUCAAAUGACAUUGUAGUGUAGGUGGAUAGAUUGAUGCAUAAGGUUGGUGGUUUGUAGAAGGACUUAGGGUUUAGGAGGGGUAAAGUAUACUAGCUAAUAGUUACAGUGAUAUUAACAUUUUCAAUUUUUUAUCCAAUAAUCCUAAUACAACAACAACUUAAAGAGUAUUAUUAACCAUAUAAAUAAAGAGUGUUACUAUUCGUCGCCCUAAAUUUUUAAAUUUUGUCGCCCUAAACCAUACAAAUUUACAAAACAACCCUUCAUUUAAUUUUAUGGUUCAACCACCUAGAAUUAGUGCUCCAACCAUCUAAACCAACCCAUUUAACUCUUUCUUCCAACACAAAACAGAAAUAUGAAACCAAAAAUUAAAACCAAACCACACAACACAAAAUCCAACUACAAUCUUCUACAUUGAUAAAUUUUCGCCGGAUUCCGGCGAGUUUGCCGGAGGAAGAGAAGUAGUCGGUCUCGAUUGUCAUAGCAUGCAGGGACUCUGACUAAAGGUAAGAUUUCGUUUGCAAUUUUUUCUUCUUCUGGAAAACAAGUUGAGCAUGUUGAAAAUCUGCCUCGACCGGUGGUCAAGCAUGUUGAAACCCUGCAUCAGCCAUGGAACGGACGCGUUGUCCACCUGCCCGUUCCAUCCUCCAGGAAUGCUCGCAACAUGCUCGUCCUCCUGUCUAAGCAUGUUUACAACAUGCUCGUCCUCCUGUCUAGGCAUGUUUUCAACAUGCUCGACCCACGGUUCUUUCUUGUUUUUAACAUGCCUGUCCCUCGGUCUGGUCUAGUUUUGAACAUGCUCGAGUUAAUUUUGUGAUGUCAUAGACCUUUUUUAAUGAAAAUUCACAUAAAUUAUAAUAUUUAUGUUCAUUAAGUUUCGUUGUUUAUUGUGUUUAUUAGGAAGGAGGAUAAAAAUCUUGUGCCACCAUCAUUUACUAACAAGGAAACUAUUAUGGAUGAUUCGGUAAGUAGUUAUUUUUUAUAAUUUAAUUAUCGUAACAUAAUUGUUGCACAACUAAAUGUUUUUACCUUGUAUUUCUUGUAGGGUGGAUCCGGAGUUAAUGAGGGUGACAAUGUUGAUUGCACAUCAUUUUUCUAAGUGAUGUUUAUGAUACCCAUGAUCAAGUUUGUAAAGCGGCAAAGGAGAUUGCCAUGAGUAAUAGUUUUUCCUUGAUAGUGGCAUCAGUCAAGAGAAACGUAGAAGAAGGCAAUCCGCGGAUCUAUAUGGAUUGCAACCAUGGUAGUAGGAGCAACUCAUAUACGUCUGAUCUCGCAAAGACAACACGGAGCAAAUCUACAACAGGCAAGUUAGGUUGUCGUUUCCGAGUGGUGGUGCAAUCCGUAAAAAUACAUGGCAAGUGUAAGUGGAGAAUUCAUGGGAUUAAGUAGAGGGGAUUUCACAGUCACAGAUUGGAGGUUUACUCUGAGGGAAGCAGGCAAAAGAAUGCUCUUUCGCAGGUGGAAAAAUGAAUAUUAAGGAGUUGGAGGCAACACAUACUCAUGCGAAAGAUAUCAGAAGUUUGCUCAAUAUGAAGUACGAUGCUCAUCACAACAUGACUCAGAUUUAUAAUGAGACAGCAAAAAUUAGGCGUGAGAGAUUGGGUGGGUUGAAACCUAUGCGGUGGACAUUGAUAGAAGCUCAACAUCUUGGCUACUUUAUUGAGUGUGAAUUUGAUGAUCAGCGUCGUGUUACUAAACUCUUCCUAUGCCAUCCUGAGUCGAUUCGGAUGUUGUUGGCAUGGUAUUUUGUUGUUUUGAUAGACUCGACGUACAAGACUAACAAGUAUAAGCAGCCACUGGUUCAGUUGAUUGGUGUUAGUCUGGUGAAGAAGAACUUCAACAUUGGGUUCACAUUGAUUUCAGAUGAGACGAAGGAGACAUAUGCUUGGAUUUUGAUGCAAUUGAAGAUUGUGCUUGGUGAUCGAACCCCGGUUGCGUUCGUCACAGACAAGGAGGGAGGAUUGGGUUUCUCUUUUCAAUAGAUCUUUCCAUCUUCAGCUCAUUUACUAUGGGAGAGAGUCUUGCGAGCUAAUACUGAGGCAGGGUUCCAACGUCGUUAGCUAGAGUUGCAAAAUAGUCAUUGGGGUUCAAACAACAAGUUAAUGGACUAUUUGAGAGGUGAGUGAUUGCCAUGCAGGGAAAGGUGGGCAAAUUGCUACACCAAUCGCAUCUUCCAUAUCGGUAACACGAGCACAAAUAGGGUAGAGUCGAUGCAUUCCUCCCUGAAGAAAUGGCUUGCCACUUC